GGCGGCCGGGCGGGGCGCGCUGUCUCCCGGUCUGUCUGGAGCUGCGCGGCGGCAGUGGCGGCGGCGGCGGCGGCACGGCGCGGGCACAGGCCCGGGGAGCGGAAUCAUGAGCGGAUCACAGAACAAUGACACGAAAAGACAAUUUCUGCUGGAGCGACUGCUGGAUGCAGUGAAACAGUGCCAGAUCCGCUUUGGAGGGAGAAAGGAGAUCGCCUCGGAUUCCGACAGCAGGGUAACCUGUCUGUGUGCCCAGUUUGAGGCCGUCCUGCAGCAUGGCUUGAAGAGGAGUCGAGGAUUAGCUCUAACAGCGGCCGCCAUCAAACAGGCAGCAGGCUUCGCCAGCAAAACUGAAACAGAGCCCGUGUUCUGGUUCUACGUGAAGGAGGUCCUCAACAAGCACGAGCUGCAGCGCUUCCACUCCCUGCGCCACAUCGCCUCCGACGUGGGCCGUGGCCGCGCCUGGCUGCGCUGCGCCCUCAACGAACACUCCCUGGAGCGCUAUCUGCACAUGCUCCUGGCCGACCGCAGCAGGCUCAGCACUUUUUAUGAAGAUUGGUCUUUUGUGAUGGAUGAAGAAAGGUCUAGCAUGCUCCCUACCAUGGCAGCUGGUCUGAACUCCAUACUCUUCGCCAUUAACAUCGACAACAAGGAUUUAAAUGGGCAGAGUAAGUUUGCUCCUACCGUCUCGGACCUCUUAAAGGAGUCAACGCAGAAUGUGACCUCCUUGCUGAAGGAAUCCACGCAAGGAGUGAGCAGCCUUUUAAGGGAGAUCACAGCAUCCUCUGCUGUCUCCAUCCUCAUCAAGCCUGAGCAGGAGACCGACCCCCUGCCCGUCGUGUCCAAGCAUGUCAGUGCCGAUGCCAAAUGUAAAAAGGAGAGGAAGAGGAAAAAGAAGGUGACUAACAUCAUCUCAUUUGAUGACGAGGAAGAUGAGCAGAUCUCUGGUGACGUUUUUAAAAAGAUACCUGGGGCUGGGGAGAGCUCGGAGGAGAACUCCGACCGCUCCUCGGUGAAUAUCAUGUCGGCUUUUGAAAGCCCCUUUGGGCAAAAUUCCAAUGGAAGUCAGAGCAGCAACUCAUGGAAAAUUGAUUCUGUGUCUCUGAACGGGGAGUUGGGGUACCAGAAGCUUGAUGUGAAAAGCAUCGAUGAUGAAGAUGUGGAUGAAAAUGAGGAUGAUGUGUACAGGACCACGUCAGGAAGGAAGUGCAUGGGCCACUCGGAGUCGCCGGAGAAGCCCCUGGAUGGGAGCACCUGCCUCUCCCGGAUGCACAGCUGGGCUCCACUGCAGGUGCUGCACGGUGACACCGAUGUCCUCUUUCCGGUCAGCGGUGUGGGCUCCUACAGCCCCGCAGAUGCCCCCCUCAGAAGCCUGGAGAACGGGACAGGACCAGAGGACCACAUUGCCCCGGAGCCGGGACCUCGGUACAGUGUGGAAGCCAGUCCUCCAGGCCAAGGAAGUCCUCUGAGCAGUCUCUUACCUUCUGCCUCGGUGCCAGAGUCGAUGACAAUUAGUGAACUGCGACAAGCCAUCGUGGCCAUGAUGAACAGGAAAGACGAGCUGGAAGAAGAGAACAGAUCGCUCCGGAACCUGCUUGAUGGUGAGAUGGAGCACUCGGCUGCACUCCGGCAAGAGGUCGACACCUUGAAAAGGAAGGUAGCUGAGCAGGAGGAGCGGCACAUCAUGAAGGUCCAGGCAUUGGCAAGAGAAAACGAGGUGCUCAAAGUCCAGCUGAAGAAGUAUGUAGGCGCUGUCCAGAUGCUGAAAAGGGAAGGCCAGCCGGCUGAAGUUGUACCAAAUCUUUGGAACGUUGAUGGAGAAGUUACAGUCGCUGAGCAGAAGCCGGGAGAAGUCGCUGAGGAACUAGCGAGCUCCUAUGAAAGAAAGCUCAUCGAGGUGGCGGAGAUGCACGGCGAGCUGAUCGAGUUCAAUGAGCGCCUGCACAGGGCCCUGGUGGCCAAGGAGGCCCUCGUGUCCCAGAUGAGGCAGGAGCUCAUCGACCUGCGGGGGCCGGUGCCUGGAGAUUUGAGUCAAACAUCCGAAGACCAGAGUUUGUCGGAUUUUGAAAUAUCAAACCGGGCACUGAUUAACGUUUGGAUCCCGUCAGUGUUUCUCCGGGGCAAAGCAGCGAGCGCCUUCCAUGUGUAUCAGGUUUACAUCCGGAUAAAGGAUGACGAAUGGAACAUCUAUCGGCGGUACACAGAGUUCAGGAGUUUGCACCACAAGCUACAGAACAAAUACCCUCAAGUCAGGGCCUACAACUUCCCGCCAAAAAAGGCCAUUGGAAACAAGGACGCCAAGUUUGUGGAGGAACGGAGGAAGCUGCUCCAGAGCUACCUGCGCAGCGUCGUGAACAAGGUCAUCCAGAUGGUGCCCGAGUUUGCUGCCAGCCCCAUGAAGGAGACUCUGGUUCAGCUCGUGCCCUUCUUCGUUGACAUUGCCCCUCCUGGAGAGCCUCUGGACAAGAACAGCCGGCCCAAAGCGGCUGCCCGCUUCCCCAAGCUGUCCCGCAGUCACCCCAGGGAGACGCGCAACGUGGAGCCCCAGAGCGGCGACCUCUGACCUCGACAGAAUCCCAGACUCGGACCCUGCGUGCUGCACUGGCUGCCUCCACCCUGGCCACUGUGUGUCCGACCUGGACACGGCAGCUGGCCCCUUACACCUUGGAGUGACAACCACGUCCCCUUGGUGAACCCCAGAAAGCACACCUUCCCCGCCGGUCACACAACACCCACAUUAAACUGGUCAGUCUGAG